UCCCUCUCUCUCUCUCCUCCUCUCUCCCUCUCUCUCUCUCUCUCACACUGGAUUGCUAACCAUUUUCUUCUUUCGCUUUCUCUUUCUCUCUCUGAAAACCCUAAUUUCAAAUCACCGCUUUCUCUCUAUCUCUCUGUGUCUCUAAGAUGACAAGAUCAGUGUGAAUGCUAUCAAGGUGAUCGCUUUAUACGUAGAUGUAGAGAAUAAUGGAACCUAAUAUAUGCGAUAUCAAUCACUUGGACGCUGAUGUCCUCUUGCCUCCCCGAAAGCGGCUUCUUGCCGGACUGAAAAAACAGAGUUUGGAUGGGAAUUUGCAUACCAAUGGCAAUUUGCAUACACCAUCGACUUCUAGUACACCCAGUGAAUUUGAUGCACGGCUUAAUAGUUUUUUGAGAUUCCAUUUGAAUAAUCCUAAUGCUUCAAAUGAUGAGAUUGUUAAGGCCUCAAGAUUGGCGGCUGUAGAGGCAGUCAAGGUCGCGGAUGCUGCUAGAGCAUCAGCUGAAGAGAAGGCUGUGAUAGCUGCAAAGGCAUUGGCUGCUGCCAAGAGUGCUAUGGAAUUGGUUGCAACUGUUUCUGAGGAGACAGGUUCCAAAGAAAGAAUUAUGAAGAAGAAUAAGAUGAAGAAGCAUGUUCCCGUUCAGCUGUUGUAUAACAAGAAAAAAGGGAUUGAAAAUUGCAAAACUGAUGAAGAAUUAGCCCGGAGGCUGCAUCAGGCCAUGAACAGCUCCCCAAGAAUUUCGAAGAACUCUUCUAGUUCUGACUUGAAGGGCACUAAACAUAAGAGGCUUAAAAGCUCGUCUUCCGAGAAAAUUAGGGUUUACAAUGGAGGUAGAGCAUGGAAAGGGAAAUCACCUGCUACAGCCAAUGGAAAUGGCGCCGCGGGUGAUGUGGAUUCUGAUGUUUCCACUCAGGAUGCAUACACUGUUAGAGUAGAUGAGAAUAUAUCAAAAUUCAACAAAGCUAACCGACUAAAGAUGGAUAAUGGGCAAGUGGGAACAAAUAACGUGAAGGAUAAAUCGGAGGAAGCAAUGGAUGAUGAAUGUAGCAUUGGUAGAAAGAGGGGAAGAAUUAAGCAAAAAAAGUUGCCGUUAAGCAUUUGUAGUUUUCGGGAUCAAGCAAACCCUAAGGAAGAGCUGAAUUCUAGAAGCUCUUCGCUGACUCAAGAGAACACAAGCAAAGUUGCGACAGGCGAUAGGUCCUUGUUUUCAGUAGGACCUUCUGAAGAUGGUGUGAUACCAGUUGAGAGGACAUCGAUGUGGAAGUGCCAGGCAUUCAAGGCAGCCACAUGUGUUAAACCGAAUAAAGUCAUGCAAUCAUAAUGUUGAGAUCCCAUUGCAGCAAUGGGUGGCUACAAAAUAGAAGUUGUUAGAAAGGUAGGAUUCAUUUAUGCUUUGUUACGGAUAUGACCUUUUUUACGGUUUGUGUUUUUGUUUCUUAAUGGAAAUGUAAUGAUUUGAACUAACUUAAAAUGUAUAUUAAUUUGUUUGCCUGCAUCUGUCACUGCAUCUCGGGAUAUUACCUAUGUCUUUCUUUGGGCAUCAAAGCUUGAAGUGACAAUAUGCAAGAGUUGUGAUGGAUUGAAUAAAUUUUGUUGAUAUAUUGCACAUUUGUUUUGCUUCAUGUGCUGGCUAUUAUUGUACUAUAUAAUGUUACAACUUUUGGUAUUGUAUCCUUUAGCUGCUUGAUUCCUUUUUCAUUUGGUUAUUUGUAGACAUAGGUCAUGCAUGAGCCUGAUGCAAGUACAGAAUUCCGUAAGAUUUUUUUUUUUUUUUCACAGAAAGUCCCAUAAGAUUUGUUUGGAUAGAGAAUUAUUUAGAAAAACAGUGCUGCAGUUGUCAUUCUUUUUAGCUUAGGAAAAUUGGAACAGGUUCAAUUUACAAUAUGCACAGGACAUCAUUUUUGCUGUUCUAUCAUCAUAGUCAAUUUGAUAAACUGAUCUUCUAUGAAUCUCUUUCUGUGUGUUGGGGGUAGAAAAAAUUCUUGGGUUUGUGGCACCAGCCAGACAUACCCCUUGUAUUAUCUUAUCGUCGCAACAUAUCUUAUCUAUGUAUAUGAAAUCUUCAUGUUGAUGAACUUGAUGGGUAAUUAAAUUUUUGUCAGCAAUGACAGGCUGUGUCAACUUGAGGAGAAAUUGCUGCC